UUGAAGCUGCCGUCAGUCCCGCUAUCUACCUGCAACCAGCACCAUGCACUCCUUCAGGCUCAGCACAGCUCUGAUGCUCACAGCGACAUGUUUACUCCUCACAGCAGAAGCUUCUACAGAGUCGCUGACCAUCUGUGACGAUAACUUCAGUGUUCAGCGUCUGAGCUGUGACAGUGGAGUGAUCCAGGUGCAGCAGGCUCUGUACGGACGUGCAGACAGAGUGACCUGCAGUGAAGGAAGGUCUUCUCAGCAGCUCGCCAACACGAGGUGCUCUCAGCGUGGGACUGUGGACGUCCUGAAGAGGAGGUGUGACGGAAAGAAAGUGUGUGAGCUAAACUCUGACGUGGUCCGAACCUCUGACCCCUGCUACGGCACCUCAAAGUACCUCCAGACCAACUUCACCUGCUUCCCAGCGAUUCAUCGGUUUGUUUGUGAGAACUCUUUUACAUCCCUGCGCUGUGACGUGGGUCAGGUCAUCAACGUGUACGGGGCUCAUUUCGGACGCCUCGAUCCAGACGUCUGCUCUUUCCAGCGUCCGCUCAACGAGUUACAGAACGUGCACUGCUCCAGGCCGGUCAACAAGGUGGCUGAGAGGUGUAACGGGAGAAACAGCUGCACCGUCAAAGCGAGUAAGGCCGAGUUUGGGGACCCCUGUUACGGCACCUACAAGUACCUGGAGGUGGCUUACACCUGUCAGUAUCCUGUGUGAACACUCUGAGAUCAAAACCUUCCUGGAAAUGUUCAGGGACGAGUCUUCAGUGUCAAGAGAGACGCCGUUAUGACGGAUCAAAGCUCUGAAGAUAUUUAACACUGCCUGUGCUUCCCCCUGAUAUCAGACUUCUUAUAUAUGUUGGAUUUACUUUGACACUGUAAUCACUUUCUGUUCUGUCGUCUGUUUCAAACAUUAAAAAAUGAACCUCUCA